UGAAACGGACGCAUUAUGUUCCGGUUGCCAAAAUUCAUUUGUUUUUCGUUCUGUGGUAUCCACUGGUAUACAUUUUCCGUCAUUUUGGUCCUGCUAGGUUCUCUGGACAAUCCUGCCAAAGCUCAAACAACCCAAAACAUUAAUGUUUUGUUCGUAAAUGAAGUUGGCAAUGAUUUGGCGCAAGUAGCCGUGGAUGUCGCGUUGAACUACAUAAGAAAGAACCCAAGUCUUGGACUAUCCGUUGAGUUAUUAACUGUCGAGGGAAACCGUACAGACAGCAAAGGAUUAUUGGAAUCCUUGUGCUCCAAAUACUCUGAAGCACUUAACACAAACCGGCCUCCCCACGUCAUAUUCGAUACUACGCUAACGGGCGUCUCCUCUGAAACGGUAAAAUCCAUCAGUGCGGCCUUGGGUAUCCCAACAGUUUCGGCAUCCACUGGACAGGAAGGCGAUUUGAGACAAUGGCGAUCUCUAUCUACAGUGAAAAGCAACUAUCUUCUACAGGUUAUGCCCCCAACAGACAUCAUUCCAGAGGUUAUCCGAUCCAUCGUUACAUACAUGAAUAUCACGAAUGCUGCAAUCCUGUACGACGAAACAUUCGUCAUGGAUCACAAAUACAAGGCAUUGCUGCAAAAUUUCCCAACUCGACAUGUGAUUACUGCUAUCGGAAACGACCGGGAUAGGGCAGAGCAAAUCGAGAAGCUUCGUAACUUGGACAUCAACAAUUUCUUCAUAUUGGGGUCGUUCUCUUCGAUUAAGAAAGUGCUAGAAUCCGCAAAGAGAGAAUUUUUUGAGAGGAACUUUGCUUGGCACGCCAUUACACAGUACCAAGGAGAGUUAUCCAGCAAUAUUGAAAAUGCUACUAUCAUGUUACUUCGGCCAGUCUCGGACAGCAAGAGUAAGGAUCGUUUGGGGGUUAUUCGAACAACGUAUAACAUGAAACAGGAACCGCAAAUUACAACGGUGUUUUACUUUGAUCUGGCGCUACGCACUUUUCUUGCUAUCAAGAACAUCCUGCAAGUUGGUGCAUGGCCUCCAAAUAUGAAAUACUUAACCUGUGACGAAUACGACGGAACGAAUUCGCCUAACCAUACCAUCGAUCUGAAAUCGGCAUUCAUAGAGGUGACGGAACCUACAACUUAUGGACCGUUUCAAUUUCCGAAAGGCAAAACAGCAUUCAACGGGCACAGUUACAUGAAGUUUGACAUGGACAUCAGCGCUGUGACCAUAAGAGGCGGAGCUUCGGUCAGCACCAGGAAUCUGGGUAAAUGGGAAGCUAGUCUGGAUAACGCGUUAUACGUGACAAACGAGGACGAUAUGAAAAAUCUGACGGCUGACAUUGUAUAUCGAGUUUACACCGUGGUGCAAGAACCAUUCAUUAUUCGCGAUCCUACGGCCCCCAAAGGUUUCAAAGGUUACUGUAUCGACUUGUUGGACGAAAUUGCUAAAAUUGUUAAGUUUGACUACGAAAUCAAAGAGGUAGAAGAUGGCAAGUUUGGCAACAUGAACGAAAAGGGUGAAUGGAACGGCAUCGUACGUAAAUUGAUUGAUAAGCAAGCAGACAUUGGCCUUGGGUCUAUGUCUGUGAUGGCCGAGAGAGAAACCGUGAUCGAUUUCACGGUUCCGUAUUACGAUCUGGUGGGUAUAUCCAUCAUGAUGUUGCUACCAAGUACACCGAGUUCGCUGUUCAAGUUUUUGACCGUGCUGGAGACAAACGUGUGGCUUUGUAUCUUGGCAGCGUACUUCUUCACCAGUUUUCUGAUGUGGAUUUUUGACCGAUACAGCCCAUACAGUUAUCAGAAUAAUCGCGAGAAAUACAAAAAUGAUGAUGAAAAGCGAGAGUUCAACAUCAAGGAAUGCCUCUGGUUCUGUAUGACAUCAUUGACUCCGCAGGGAGGAGGUGAAGCCCCGAAAAAUUUGUCCGGACGUUUGGUGGCAGCAACGUGGUGGUUGUUUGGAUUCAUCAUUAUUGCAUCGUACACUGCUAACUUGGCUGCUUUUCUGACGGUAUCACGAUUGGAUACACCGGUGGAAUCGCUGGACGACCUCUCAAAACAGUACAAAAUAUUGUACGCACCACUGAACGGCUCCUCGGCUAUGACCUACUUUCAGCGAAUGGCGGAUAUAGAAGCCCGUUUCUACGAAAUAUGGAAGGAGAUGUCCCUCAACGAUUCACUGACACCCGUGGAACGCUCCAAGUUGGCGGUCUGGGAUUAUCCUGUUAGUGACAAAUACACCAAAAUGUGGCAAGCAAUGCAGGAAGCAGGUUUACCGAACAGCCUUGACGAAGCAGUUGAACGCAUAAGAAACUCAACGUCGGCUUCUGGGUUUGCGUUUCUGGGAGAUGCCACCGACAUACGAUAUAAAGUGCUCACAAACUGCGAUCUACAGAUGGUCGGAGAAGAAUUUUCUCGCAAACCGUAUGCUAUUGCAGUUCAGCAGGGAUCACCAUUGAAGGACCAGUUUAACAAUGCAAUCCUCAUGCUCCUCAACAAACGACAGUUGGAAAAACUAAAAGAACAAUGGUGGAAAAAUGAUGACAUCCAAAGCAAAUGUGAGAAACCGGACGAUCAGUCCGACGGCAUUUCGAUCCAGAAUAUAGGAGGCGUUUUCAUUGUAAUCUUUGUUGGCAUUGGUAUGGCAUGCAUCACACUGGUGUUCGAAUUCUGGUACUACAAAUAUCGCAAAAAUGUGAAAAUCAUCGAUGUGGCCGAAGCUACAGAUGAGAAACUAGCUCAGAAACCAUCCAAUCUAAUGUUGCCAAAUCUGAAAAGCGAAUUCGGUCAAAUGAAGGAUGAUAAUCAGAAAACGCAAUCGCUGCGGACUCGUACCCAAACCUUGGACAGCAACAAUUUUAAGUCUCGAUUUUAAGAUAUCGAAAACUUCAUAAGUAGUAACGUGUUGUUUGAACUGAACGGAUGGAGAGAAAAGAUCUUGAAGAGUGCGCAACUUUUCUAUCUCCAACAGUAAAAUUCUAAUAUUCGAAAUUUCUCCAGAACGUGAAGACUGUAUUUUCAAAUGCGAAUCGCAGUUGGAUAAAGGGUUAUUGUAAAACGCAACACCGUGGCCUAACUGCAACGACUAAAUGCAUUUACUGUAACAUCACUAUUUUUAUGUGGUAAAAUGUGUUGCUUUCAAUAAUCCAUUGGAGAAAUUUAGAACAAAAAAAAACGCAUUGGAUAUCAAUUCUAAACACCCAGUAAAUUUGUAUAAAAAAUAUACCUUUGAGUCCCAGUUAACAUGUUUGAAAUGUGAACUGUGAUUGUAACAAAUUUUAAGAGACUGAUUAUGAAAUCGUUCGUAAUUUUCUCUUUGAUAAUCUUUACUUCCUGUCUCUACAAACAUAAAUGUCCCAAAUUGAAAGGAAUUUUGAAUCUGGAACAUUUACACACUUAUUUUGAUUUGCGUAUGAAUCAAAGAACGGAAAAUUAAUUAAAAUGUCUUGAUUAGCUAUGUCAUGUCGGUGCUGAAUUUGUCUACACAUUACAUCAAAUUGUUCAUAUGCUGUUGCUCUCAUACUGACAUCGUCCCAGAUUUUGCGCUAAAUCAUGGCUACACAUUUUUAAUCAAUGAAGGUGAGAGGAAUAGCAUGAAGGAACUGGAUAAAUCUGGGUAGCUUGCAAAUAAAAAGAAAAUAAAGUAUUGUUUGCUUGUAGUGGCAGAAUAAUGAUUGUCUAAACUGGCAUUGGAAUUGUUAUCCAAUUAAGAAUCCGAAAAGUGUAGCAAUUUAAAUAUUUUUGUUGUAUUGAAAAAUCCUUCCGGGAAGGAUACAGCAAGAAGGAAGGAAGCCUCACAAAUUAGGAAACAUAUCUACCAGAUUUGUGAUCCCCGUUCUUAAAACGACCGGAUUCCCGAGAGUAUGUUAGUUGGUUUCACGCGAGUUUUCGACAGUUUAAUUCAGAUAGUGGAAACUCCAGGAGAAGCGGUAGUAUGGAUUCCUCAAUGAAAGUUAAGCGAUUCACUAACUUGAAGUAAGUUGAAAUGGUGCUAGAAAGUCAAAGACGAACUCGAAAUUAAUUGCAAUUUAUUUCCAGUUCUAUUGAUUUGAUUAUGGUUAUAACUAUUUGGGAUCUAGCACAUCUAACACAUUUCUUUAAACUGUUGAAAAUUAGUGGCAAAUUACCACACAAUUCGGAUUUCGACGUUUCAUUUGAUUAAUAUUAAUUAUGAGAAGUAGUAACGUGUUGUUAAAUCGCUACUAAUAUUAUCCAUUUGUUGAAGUAUAGUAACGUGUUUUGCAAAUUGUUUAGAUAAGUUGAAUAAAAUAGCUAUAAGUUCAUCGAA